GGCCAUCUUGGGCUUUCUGUUUAGACCCAACCGUAGCUUUACAAAGAACAGCUGGCAGCAGACAAGUCAAAAAACCAACUGAUAAUAUCAACAAUCCGCGGGUGAAGAGUUGUGGGGAGGGAAGGAUUUAAGACAGUGUGACCAUGCAUCCUCUGACAUAAGGCUCUACCUAUGCUACGCCAAGCGGCAGUGUGACAGGAAUAGACCUGAGUUAUUAUUUUUUUGCUUGCUGUAUCAGACUCAUUUUGUUGACAUUUUUGAUGUUCCACAAAGAACAAUACUAUUGAGGAACAGGAGAGGAGACAAUUGUUUGUAUCUAAUUACAUUUGCUUUGGAUAACUGAGACCGUGAGAAGUCUCACUAUUUCUCAAGAUUUAUUUCCCCCCUCCCCACCACAGUCAGAAUAAGAACUGUAUCACACCCUUUGUGGAAAGGAUAAUUGACUAGCCCUAGCCAUGAGUACCGCCAGUACCCAGAACCCAGUGAUACUGGGCCUGUCCAACCAGAAUGGCCAGCUCCGAGGACCGGUGGUGAAGCCUGCAGGAGGGGGUCAUCAGACACAGCAGCCCGGCCAGAUGAAGCAGGCCUCCAGCACAAUCAACAACGGCACUGGGCCUAGCAGCACCCAGCUGGCUAAAGUUACCCCCACAGCCAACACUGUCAUCAAGGCUGGAGAUGACUGGAAGAAGAAUUUGACGCUCCCUCCAAAAGACAUGAGGAUGAGAACUUCGGACGUAACGGCAACUAAAGGCAAUGAGUUUGAAGACUACUGCCUGAAGAGAGAGCUCCUGAUGGGGAUCUUUGAGAUGGGCUGGGAGAAACCCUCUCCAAUACAGGAGGAGAGCAUUCCCAUAGCGUUGUCUGGGAGGGACAUUCUGGCCAGGGCCAAGAACGGGACAGGAAAGAGCGGAGCCUACCUCAUUCCCUUGCUGGAACGCAUUGACCUGAAGAAGGACUGCAUACAAGCUAUGGGCAUCGUUCCCACCAGAGAACUGGCGUUGCAGGUCAGCCAGAUCUGUAUCCAGAUCAGCAAACACAUGGGAGGGGUCAAAGUCAUGGCAACCACAGGUGGCACCAACCUCCGUGAUGACAUCAUGAGGCUCGACGAGACAGUCCACGUUGUGAUUGCCACCCCUGGGAGGAUCCUGGACCUCAUUAAGAAGGGUGUGGCCAAAGUCAAUCAGGUUCAGAUGAUGGUUCUGGAUGAGGCCGACAAGCUGCUGUCCCAGGACUUUGUAGUGAUGAUGGAGGAGGUGCUAAGCUACCUGCCCAAGCAGAGACAGAUUCUGCUCUACUCUGCUACCUUCCCUCUCAGCGUGCAGAAGUUCAUGAACUCCCACCUGUCCAAGCCCUAUGAGAUCAACCUGAUGGAGGAGCUGACCCUGAAGGGAGUCACCCAGUAUUAUGCCUACGUUACAGAGAGACAGAAGGUCCACUGUCUCAACACACUCUUCUCCAGGCUCCAGAUCAACCAGUCUAUAAUCUUCUGUAACUCGUCUCAGAGGGUUGAGCUGCUGGCCAAGAAGAUCUCCCAGCUGGGCUACUCGUGUUUCUACAUCCAUGCCAAGAUGAGACAGGAACACCGUAACAGAGUGUUCCACGACUUCAGAAACAGCCUCUGCCGGAAUCUGGUCUGCACAGACCUCUUCACAAGAGGUAUCGACAUUCAGGCUGUGAACGUGGUGAUCAACUUUGACUUCCCCAAGCUGGGGGAGACUUACCUGCAUCGCAUCGGCAGAUCUGGUCGUUUUGGCCACCUGGGUCUGGCCAUCAACCUGAUCACAUACGACGACCGCUUCAAUCUGAAGGGCAUUGAGGAGCAGCUGGGAACAGAGAUCAGGCCCAUCCCCGGCAGCAUAGACAAGAGCCUGUACGUUGCAGAGUACCACACCGAGGAUGGAGAGGAGGGCAAGCUGUGAGGAGGAGCAGAUCAGAUGAGACCCCAACCCCCCCGUCUGUCCCCUUCACCCCUCCCGUUUGAUGUUUCCGCCUCCCUUCUGUCUCCUGGACUUUUUUUUGGAUAUCUAGCUUCCUGUCUGUCGGUCUUCCUUCCUGUUUUUGGGUGCCACCUCAUGGAAAAGUGUACGAUCUAUGAGGGACAACAAACCUACAGAGGAACUCAUGAUGUCCCUGUUGUAGGGUCCUCUCUCGGCUGCACCGCGAUGCCCUGAAGACUACGACUACUGACUACUACAGCACUGGGAGGAGGAAGGCAGGGAACACGUAGAACACCCAUCUAUCCAUGGAGAUGGACGUGAUGAUUUAAAUCUUCUCCUGCUCCAAGCUACCCUGUGCACUGCCAGCCAGCACAGCACCUACCUACCUACCCCCUACCUACCUACCCCUACCCCUACCUACCCCUACCUACCUACCACCUACCUACCCCUA